AUGUUCCCGUGGGGUUUAUAUUUUGAUUUAGAUGCGCAGGAACAGGAUCAAUCGGAGAAUGCUGGUUUUAACUCAGCAAAUCCGUCUACUACGCAUGAUGAUUUCGAAGCAGACUUUGUUACUGUAACAAAUCCAACACAAGCAAAUUUUACAACUUCAAGAAAUCGAACACAAGCAAAUUUUACAACUUCAAGAAAUCGAACACAAGCAAAUUUUACGACUUUAACAAAUCGAACACGACAAUUUAUUAUCCAUAAUCCUUCUGCAUCAACAUAUGGACAGGCACCAUACCAACAACAUACACCUUUGAUUACAGUAGUGCGUAACAGGACCGAAUCAUCCCAAUAUGCAUCGCAAUUUUUCACAACUACUAUACCACACACUUCGACAUUAGUUCGAUGCAAUCAGACACGAUCGACGAAUAGUUUGGCUCCUUCUGUUCCAUCGGGUCAUCCAGCCCUACUUGAAACGUUUAAUAUCAGAACUCCAGCUAUUGCUUCAAUUGAUCAUGGAGUUCAAAGUCAAUUACCAUCAACUGUAAACGGAUCUGACUGUAUGACACUGCAAUCCAUUCAAUCUCAAGAAAACAAUCAAAUAUUACCGAAGGUGACUGCAACGUCGUCAAAUGAACGAAGUACUAUUCUUCCUUCUGAUACAGUACCAACUAAACAACAAGUCCAUCAUGUUUUGAAGGAUGAUCAUAAAAGCUUAGGAGUAGAUAGCAAUAUUACGGGGGAUAGUGGCGAGUCGGUGAUAGAAGAGGAAGAACACAUCGUGGAUGAUAGUACGAAAGAGGAUGAAUAUUACGAUUUAGAAAAAGGGCUUGAACAUUUGUCAAACGUAAUAAAUUUGUGCGAUAAUGCGAAUACCAAACCGGAAGAGAGUUUUAUUGUUCCAUAUGCUUCUAAACGUAUACGGGAACUGAAUAUGAAGCUUGUUCUUGGUGAUGGAACAAUAAGAAAAUUACAGCUUAAAAUAAAGCGAUUAAAUGAAAAAGUUAUAUCGCUCCGAUCUUCUCUACCGUUAAAAAAUAUCACAAGUACGCCACGUCAGAAAUUCGAAAUGAAAGAAUUUCUGGAACACUAUAUAAAGGAAAGAACUCAUCAAGAUUACAGUUUUUGGAUUAUGGCAGAAAUGAUGCAACCAUUGAUGGAUACAUUGAUCAAAAGACUUGAUCAACUGCCAUCGGAUAAAAUCUUGUCCGAAACAAGUAAUUGGUUGAACGUAAAUUUCAAACUAUGCGCUGUUAGAAUGUGUGCUUCGACGUUGUUAGUAGCUUUGGCAAAAGACGCCAGCAUGUUGGACAAUCCGAAUGCACUGCAAGAAUACAUUCAAAGAGAAUUAUCGCAACAGGAACUGUAA